CUCCAGUGCCCAGGCCCGGGCCUGAGCGGCAGGAGAGGGGGGAACUGAAAAGCCGCGGAACCUGAGGCCAGGGAGCGGCGCGGGCGGAGGGAGGAGGGGCGGCGGACCGGCAGGCCUAGCUCCGGAACCAGAGGCGGCGGCGGCGGCGCGGGGAUGGAGCCCCUGCGGGUCCUGGAGCUGUACAGCGGCAUUGGGGGCAUGCACCAGGCGCUACGAGAAAGCUGCGUACCUGCAGAGGUGGUGGCUGCCGUUGAUGUCAACACCGUCGCUAAUGAAGUCUACAGGUACAAUUUCCCUCACACGCGGUUACUGGCCAAGACCAUUGAAGGCAUUACACUAGAAGAGUUUGACAGAUUAUCUUUCAAUAUGAUUUUAAUGAGCCCUCCCUGUCAGCCAUUCACAAGAAUUGGCCUGCAAGGUGAUGUAACUGAUUCAAGGACGAAUAGCUUCUUAUAUAUUCUAGAUAUUCUCCCAAGAUUACAAAAAUUACCGAAGUAUAUUCUUUUAGAAAAUGUUAAAGGUUUUGAAGUGUCUUCUACAAGAGACCUGUUAAUACAAACAAUAGAAAAUUGCGGCUUUCAGUACCAAGAAUUUCUAUUAUCUCCAACCUCUCUUGGCAUUCCAAAUUCCAGGCUACGGUAUUUCCUUAUUGCAAAGCUUCAGUCAGAACCAUUACCCUUUCAAGCCCCUGGUCAGGUACUGAUGGAGUUCCCCAAAACUGAAUCUGAACUUCCACAAAAACAUGCAAUAGAUGCAGAAAAUAAAAUUGAAGGAAAGAGAAUUGAAGCAAAUAUUUGCUCUGAUAGCAGCAGACCAGGUUCUGGAAAAGAAGCCAUUCUUUUUAAGCUUGAAACUGCAGAAGAAAUUGACCGGAAACAUCAACAGGACAGUGAUCUCUCUGUGCAAAUGCUAAAAGGUUUUCUUGAAGAUGACAUUGACGUGAAUCAGUACUUUUUACCGCCAAAGUCAUUGCUGCGAUAUGCUCUUUUGUUAGACAUUGUUAAGCCCACUUGCCGAAGGUCCACGUGCUUUACGAAGGGUUACGGAAGCUACGUAGAAGGGACAGGAUCUGUGUUACAGACUGCAGAGGAUGUGCAGAUUGAGAAUAUCUACAAAUCCCUUACCAAUUUGUCACAAGAAGAAAAGUUAACAAAAUUGUUAAUGCUUAAACUUCGAUAUUUCACUCCUAAAGAAAUAGCAAAUCUCCUAGGAUUUCCUCCAGAGUUCGUCCAGGAAAUCCAGGGACCGUUGCUGUUAAGAGGUUGGACACAUUGCCUUUGCUUCACAGAGCAGCCCGGGCCCCUCCCUGAUCCCUCUUCCUUAGCACAAAUCCUCUCCGUGUAAGGGAGCCAUCAGCUUCUUAGGCUGGCGUGAGUGUGUUCCCAGUACCUGGCUCGUGGGAAGCGGGGAACACAGACCUCCCUAACACGCUUCCAGGGCUGCACAAGGAGGAAAUGUGUUUUUGAUAACUCUGGGAGUUUGAAUGCAGAAAAGCCAAACGUUGCUAAUCCAGUGUUGUUGUAAUAUUAACGCAAUACUGUUCUUGAAGUACAUAAUGGGUUAAAUAGAUCAUGUUUUAAAUUCUAAAUAAUAAAUUUACAGAUGAAGUUUUGGAACACAUCCUUUUGUAUGUUGGGAACAAACUGUCAAUAUAAUUUGACUACCCUCUUGGUAGUUGAUUCUCCGAGUGUAGUCAUGGCAACCAGGUUUAUUUUGUACUCUCGGCCUUUUUCUCAGUGAUCUCAUUCAGUCACAAAUAUCCUGGGGUGUGUUAUUUAAGAAAAACACAGACUUUCCAUGUCUUACUUUAUGUCACAAAGUAAGUGAGAACAUCAUAAAACAAAUAGAGCUGAGAAUUGGACUCAAUUUAAUUCCCAGUCUGCCUUCCUGAUCACUAUUUUUUUUUCUUUUUUAGGAUGAGCAAUCAAAGGUACUUUCCAUAGUACUAAAGAGAGAAAAGAGGUUCUAACAACAACUAAUUCCUAAGUUUUAUUUGAGCGCUUAUUUUUUCUAGGAGUAGUAGUCCCUUUAGUAAUACUGGAACGCAGCACGG